AUGGAGACGAUAUGGCUUUACCAGUUUCGUCUGAUUGUCAUCGGAGACUCCACUGUGGGUAAGUCGUGCCUGAUCCGGAGGUUCACUGAGGGCCGCUUCGCACUGGUGUCAGACCCCACUGUCGGCGUGGACUUCUUCUCUCGCCUGGUGGAGAUCGAGCCGGGGAAAAGGAUCAAGCUUCAGAUCUGGGACACAGCAGGACAGGAGAGGUUCAGGUCUAUCACCAGAGCUUACUACCGUAACUCAGUGGGCGGCCUGUUGCUCUUCGACAUCACAAACCGCUGCUCCUUCCAAAACGUCCACAGCUGGCUGGAGGAGGCACGGAGCCACGUCCAGCCGCACAGCAUCGUCUUCCUGCUCGUGGGCCACAAGUGCGACCUGGAGGCCCAGCGUCAGGUGAGCCAGCACGAGGCGGAGAAGCUGGCGAGGGCAUACGGGAUGCGCUACGUGGAAACAUCAGCACGUGACGCCAUCAAUGUGGAGAAGGCGUUCGUGGAGCUGACACGAGAAAUAUUCGAGCUGGUGCGGAGCGGCGACAUCAAGAUCCAGGAUGGCUGGGAAGGCGUCAAGAGUGGAUUUGUUCCCAACACGGUUCAUUCUUCAGAGGAAGUGGCGAAGAGGAGCCGGCAGUGCUUCUGUUGA